AUGCGCUACUCGUACAACGCCAUGUUGCAGGCUUACGCGGUGAACAAGAAGCCUGACGAGGCCUUGGAGCUCUUCCAAAGAGCCACCACGAGAAAUGCUGUUCCGUGGAAUAUCGUGCUUAAUGCGCAUGCAAGCUUCUAUGGAGCUCGCCCCUGCUUCAUGCGGUAUCCUUGCUGGGAUAGCUACUCAACGACCAUACUCAGGCACUUUGCAAUUGCAGAGCUCAAGGCUGCUGUUGCCUCGUCAGACCUGGAGGACGUCAGAGCACAGUACUUCAAGGCCUUUUGCUACGAUGAUGGAUAUGUCGACGCGAUUAUUCGAAGCAGCUACACGUCUCUCAUGCACAGCCUUGGUACCCAUGGUCAUCUCGUUGAUGUUGCCGAGAAUGUCUACAAGCGAAUCCCCUCUCCGGAUGCUGCUGCCUUCAACGCUCUUCUCGCGGUUUAUGUGAAGAACGGCUAUUACUGGCGAGCACAGAAGCUCUUCGCCGAAGGAGGGGGUGAUAGGAUCGACACCAGGUCGUUCAACAUUAUGAUUUCCAGUUUGCCGCUGCUUGAAGACUCGGAAGCUCUUUUCGAACGGGCAGCAGAUUUGACGAUCCAGAGGAUGAUCCAAGAAGGCAUCGAACCAGCAAGAGUUACGUUUCUCGUCUGGGUUGCUAGUGGUGAAGAGCCUGGAACAAUUGUACGCGACUUCGACUUCGUUCCGAAUGCCUCGCACUAUGGCCAAGUGGUCAUCAACCUUGCCCGAGGUGGGAAGUUUGCAGCGGCCGUGGAGCUUGCAAGCUGUUUGCCAGACGAUCCGUGA